UUGAACAACAAACCAAAACUACCACUCUUGACACCAUGAGCUACUACGGCAGUUACUAUGGAGGCCUGGGCUAUGGCUACCGAGGUUUUGGGAACCUAGGUUAUGGCUAUGGCUGCGGAUGUGGCUUCGGAGGCUAUGGAUAUGGCUCUGGUUAUGGAGGCUACGGUUAUGGCUACCGCCGCCCACUUUACUAUGGAGGAUUUGGAUUCUCCCGUCAUGGUGAAAAGCAUACCAAACUUUCUAUCUCUGACAUUAUGGGUCACUACAACAACUAUUAUGGAGGCCUGGGCAAUGGCCAUGGAGGCUUUGGGGGCCUGAGCUAUGGCUAUGGCUGUGGGUAUGGCAGUUUCCACAUGGGCUAUGGCUGUGACUUUGGUGGCUAUGGAUAUGGCUCUGGCUAUGGAGGCUACGGGUAUGGCUACAGCAGCCCACUUACCUAUGGAGGAUAUGGGUUCUUCACCUUCUACUGA